GUUUGUGAACACUAGUACGUAUGCUCCCCAGUCGCUGAGUUGUACUUGUUGGGUAAAAUAGGAAUAUAUUUUAUAAUUCACUUCCUCUGCAUUCAAGGUGCGUGUGGUACGAUUUUGGGGUGGUCGUAGAAAGCCUCUUCGAGUGGAACAAAUGCGACGUCAUGCGCGGUAGAUCUGAGUGCAACCUGGGAGACACAGCGCCAUCCCAUUCAUUUCAUAUGUGGCACGAGGCAGUUAUGGACGGCAACUGACGUUAUAUCAGCAGCACUAUGAGCAUGCUCGUGCCCUUCGUUGAAGAAAGCCAUCGGUUGUUCCGCAGACGUGAUUUUCGCCAACAAGGGUCCCCACCAGCAACGAAGUUAGCGAGUGACCAAGAUCAGCUAUGGGUUGGCAUUGGAAGUAGCUUGAGGUUCACCAACGAGACCAGUUUCGGGAAGGGCCUCGCAUCGCGAGAUCAGGCGGACAUAAAUACUUGGGGAGCAUCAGACACACGGGAACGUGUGCGGGCAGCGUCUAGGGGAGAGGCAAAGCCUAUACUUUUCGCACGGCGCAGCCUCGUGCCCUCUCUCUCCCACAAACGUCCACUAACCGUUGCUGUACUAUUGUGUGACUCACUCAAGCAGCAAAUCCCGAUUUUCUCUCGCUUUUCCAACCACGUUGCACUUUUCGCAUCUAUUGUUUGUACUUCUUACCGACACCCGAGGUUGCCAGCUCGAGACUUCGUGUCUUUACUGUGGGUUCUUUUGCGCUGCUUGGGUAUGACUUUACUGUCCCUGUCUUGUUGGGAAAUUGGCCGGGCUGUAGCCCUCGUCCGCCUGGCGUGCGAACUCCACCAGAGAUACAGAAAAGAGUGUAAAAUCAAUGACUUGAACGAGGCAAUCGAUUUCCACCGAGCUGCUAUGGAACUUCGACCAGUCGAAAACGAGAAAGGCGAUCGGUCCACGUCACUCAACAACCUCGCUGUCUGUCUGUCGGAUAGAUAUGACGAGCAGAGGGCAGUCGACGACUUGGAUGAAGCCAUCUCGCUCUCACGUGCAGAACUAGAGCUCCGUCCACCAGGGCAUCCCAAUCGUGAUGCCACUCUCUACAAUCUCGCCGCCUACCUCAACACCAGCUUCGGCAAACAGGCUGCCAUCGGCGACUUGGAGGAAGCCAUCUCAGUCUUACGUGCAGCACUAGAGCUCUGUCCACCAGGGCAUCCUGAUUGUGAUGCCACUCUCCAUGAUCUUGCCUUCUACCUCAACAAGAGGUUCAAAAGACAGGCUGCAAUCUGUGAUGUGGAUGAAGCCAUCUUGCUCUCACAUGCAGAACUAGAGCUCCAUCCACCAGGGCAUCCUGAUUGUGAUGCCACUCUCCACAAUCUUGCCUUCUACCUCAACAAGAGAUUUGAAAAACAGGCUGCAAUCUGUGACAUGGAUGAAGCCAUCUUGCUCUCAUGUGCAGCACUGGAGCUCUGUCCACCAGGGCAUCCCAACUGUGAUGCCACUCUCCACCAGCUCACCUUCUACCUUGACAACAGGUUUGAAAAACAGGCUGCAAUCUGUGACUUGGAGGAAGCCAUCUUGCUCUCAUGUGCAGCACUAGAGCUCCAUCCACCAGGGCAUCCUCAUCAUGAUUUCACUCUCUACAAUCUUGCUUUUUACCUCAACAAGAAGUUUGAAAAACAAGCUGCAAUCUGUGACUUGGAUGAAGCCAUCUCACUCUCAUGUGCAGUGCUAGAGCUCUGUCUGCCAGGGCAUCCUGAUCGUGAUGCCACUCUCCAUGGCCUUGCUGGCUACCUCAAGUGCAGGUUUGACAAACAGGCUGCCAUUGGCAACUUGGAGGAAGCCAUCUUGCUCAGAUGUGCAGCACUAGAGCUCAGUCUGCUAGGGCAUCCAGAUCAUGGUGAAUAUCUUUACAACCUUGCUUGUGACCUCUGGACAAAGUUUCAGAAACAAUUUGACAUGCCUGGGUUGUACAGUGUGAAUUCUCUUCAUGAAGCUGUGUUGGCGGUCCAUCCAACAAGCAUGGCUGAUCUUGCAUCCUCACUUCUCAAGUUCUCACUCCACCUCUGGGACAGGCUCCUGAAGGAGGCUGUGAUGAUGGACUUUGACAAUGCCAUUUGCUGUGCAACAUAUGCUCUGGAACUUUGGUUACCAUGA